CCUCGAGGGCUGAGUGAGCGCGACAGACUAGACGUUUCUGUGUGCGAGCUCGAGAAGGGAAGACUGCGGACAGCAAGAAGGAUUAGCGAGAGAAUACAAAUAAUCAUUUCAAAUAAAGAGAAGCUUCACAACUGGGAUACAACGUGAACUACAGGCAAGCAACGACAAUAAUAACGAAAGGCAUUGUAUUAUUGGAACCCUGAAAGUCUGCAACAUCCAGAAGAAUGUCAUCUCAGGAAAAAGGCUACAAUGUUCCAGGCGAGAACAACCCCCUCCAGAACUCAGUUUUUGGCUUCCAGCAACCAGGUGGUUUUGGGGCACCCCCACCCAGCUAUGGUCCGCCCCCACCCUCUUAUGGGGGGCCAACACCCACAUAUGGGGGUCCCGGCUUUGCCCCCGAAGCCUUUGGCCAGCCAGCUUUCCCGCAGGGGGCACCAGGCUUCGGACAGCCCCCCUACCCUGGCCAGCAGCCUCCAUUUCCACAGGUGCCCUUUCCACAGAUGCCCUUUCCCCAUGGACCCUCUCCCUACCAACAAGGACCACAUCAGCCGGGAUUCCAACCCAAGGGGCCUUCCCAUACUGAUGAUCCAUCUGUUCCUCUAAACAGUCCAGGAUACCACCAUGGAGACAUUCCCCCCUCGUACUACGACAAUGAAGACUUCACCCCCUCAAACUGGGAAGACAAGAUCAUUCGCCAGGCCUUUAUCCGCAAGGUGUUCAUGGUGUUGACUUUGCAGCUCAUGGUAACCUUUGCAUUUGUGGCCAUGUUCACGUUUGUGGAUGAAGCGAAGGUGUUUGUGCGCCAUCAUCCCUGGACCUACUACGUGUCCUAUGUUGUCUUCUUUGUAUCUCUCAUCGCGCUGAGCUGCUGCGGGGAAUUUAGGCGCAAGCACCCAUGGAACUUUAUUGCCCUGUCUAUUCUAACCCUAAGCUUGUCCUACAUGGUGGGGAUGAUUGCAAGCUUCUAUGACACGGACUCUGUUAUAAUGGCAGUGGGGAUCACUGCAGUGGUCUGCUUUACUGUGGUCCUGUUCUCUCUGCAGUCAAAAUACGACUUCACCUCCUGUCGAGGUGUGCUGUUUGUGUGCCUCAUUGUGCUGAUCCUCUUCUCCUUUCUGUGCAUCUUCAUCCGAAACCGUAUCCUGGACAUUGUCUAUGCCUCUGUGGGAGCCCUUCUCUUUACUUGUUUCCUGGCCGUGGACACCCAGAUGCUCCUUGGAAACAAACAGCUAUCUUUGAGUCCUGAGGAAUACAUCUUUGCUGCCCUCAAUCUCUACACAGAUAUCGUCAAUAUUUUCCUUUACAUUCUGGCCAUCAUUGGCAGGUCCCGGGAGUGAGAGACACAGAUGGAGCAAAGAUAAGAUGCUUUGUCACAAGUAACAAAAGCAGAUGCAAUUCCCUACCUACUUUUCUCUGAACACUCAAUAUCUUUAUUCUGUAUGCACAGAGUGAUCCUGUUUUUUCACAUUGGUUAUUUAUUUUACAGCAGUUUACUUCUUAGUGCUGUGUAUUAAAUAUAUAGUGAUACCUGAUAGAAACCAUGUGUGAAAAUUAAUUAAAAAACAAACAAAACUAAUGUUUUUUACAAAACGCCUGUUUCCUUUCCACCAGUUGUAGUGUUCUGUUUAGUUUUUAGUGAAAAGGUAUAUGAGCAGCAAAAUUCCAUGUACCAUACUAACGUUGCUCUUAGUUUUAGCUGUGUUCAAAUGUCAACUACGAUCCAUGAUUGCCAGUGUUUGACACAUUAUUUAGGCGACUAUACUGUUGUGUGUCUUUUUUAAACACAGUAUUUAUUACUGUACCACUCAUUUUUUUUUAGUAACAGCUGAUUAAAUAUCAAGACCUUUCUCGGUUUUCCUGUGAUAAGCCACAAUUGCUUAUCAAGUCAAGUUGCAGAAAAAAAAAAAAAAAGAUUCACAGGUUGAAACUAUGUAAAGUGUUAGUAACCAAUGCUGAAAUUUUGUUUUUUGCACAAAUGACUGGAUGAAAUCCCUUUGCUAGCUGAAACCUCCCUGUUAACUUAUUUUUGCGAUGUUAAAAAUGCAUGACAAAAUAAAAAAGAGAAAAGUUUGUUAUUGUUUGAAAAAAGAAAACUAAAAGCAGUAAGAAAAAGUUGUAAAUAUACUAAAUGCAUUGCUAUAUCAAUAUACUGGAAAAUACUGGAAAAUAAUUGAUAUGCUACCAAUAAUAAAAAUAAUUGAUAUGCUACCAAUAAUAAAAAUAAUUGAUAUGCUACCAAUAAUAAAAAUAGCAUUUUAUCCCCUGCCGGUGCUAGAUGUUAUUGAGAGGAUUUUCCCUUUGGCUGACUGCCCUGUAUGCUGUUCUUGCCUUUCUACUAUGAAGAUAUUCCAGUUUUCAAGUGCAUUCCAUGCACAAGCUCACCUGUGGAAGACUGCAACAGAAGCAUAUGUUGUGCUUCACAGAACAUAAUAUUAACCUGCUAUACAUAAGAGCCAUUGUUCAUCAUAAUUGCCAGGAAUAUGUGACGUUGCAGUGUAUGACUGAAAGCCGGCAGUUUAAAUUGAUAAAGUUGUGCUGAAUUUAUCGUUCUUUAUUUAGAAGGAAGGACACAGUUAAGAAUUGGUGUUAAUACCAAACUGUCCGUGAAAUAUAAACAAAUAAGGUUAACUACAAAAGUAAUUGGAAUAUAUCAUGUUCUAUUGACAGUCUUAGUUUUCACUUUUGUUUGUUUGUGUGUUUGUUUUUAAAAUAAUAUAACCAUAAUAAUGUGAAUUCAGUUUCUCCAACUAGAAGACAUAAUGGAUGUAUGAGUUAUUAUCAUCUGAAUUCAAAGGGCAGGUUCUAAAGACAAAUAUUUUAUUUAAAGAAAUGUGCUUUACCUAACUGCUUUUCAUAUAUGCAUUUUGUUGAAGGCUGUAUGUGAUGUUCCCCUAACCUUUGGUGGCAGACUGCAAAACCAUAGUUGUGAUGUGUGCAGUCUAAAAUAUCCCAAUCAGCACUAAUCUCAGACAACAUUUCCCUAGGCGGUUCAAGAUCAGUGUAUUUUUUUUGGCCUCGAAUGUUUGAGGAGUGUCCAUCUGACACAGGGCUAGGUAACUGAAUUUUGUUUUGAACCAAAAGCCUCAAAGUAAACAAACUAGCUAUGCCCAAAGCAAAAUGGAAGGAUCUUCACAAUUUAAAUUUAAAAACAUGUUUUGUUAUUUUGAGUUUGUAAAUUUGUGUUUUAUUGCAUGUCCUUCUGCAUGUGUGCAUUCUGCAUUUUUGCAGCUGAUUCACACCGAUUUUGUUUAAAUUGAAAUUAUUUAUUGUACAGUAGAUGCACAAUGUGACCGUAUACCUUUAAGUUAAUGUUGUUUGUAUAUAUAGUUAAUAUAGGGUUUCCUCUAAACAGUAGACUCUGAUAAUGGAUGAAGAAGUGUAUAGUUCCUGCCUUUUGUAGUUCUGUUUGCACUGUAAAACUUAAAUAAUAUAAUUUUGACAUGGGAUGUUCCACUGGAAUGCUGUCUGCUGUUCAUUAAAACAGAAAACUAAACCGAGA